AUGGAUCAGAGAUUAGUUGAAGCUUCAAGAAAUGGAGAUGUCAUUGCAUUAUUUAGAAUGUUGGAGGAGGAUCCUCAGAUUCUGGACAAAGCGUCUUUGGCCUAUCAUAGAGAAUCGCCACUUCAUGUUGCAGCACUAGGAGGGAAAGCAAAUUUUGUGAAGCAGAUUCUGAGUUUAAUGCCUUCACUAGCAACACAGCCAAACCAGAAAGGUUUGAUCCCAUUGCACAUGGCUUCUGCAAAAGGCCAUGAUGAGACAGUGAGAGAGCUCUUGAAGGUGAAGCUUGAUGAUGAUUCAGUGAAACAGUGCCUUCUCAAGGACGACGAUGGAUGGACUCCGCUGCAUUAUGCAGCAUGGAAAGGGAAAGUUGAAGCAUUUCAAGAACUGGUCAGCCACAUUCCUGAGUGUAUGCUGGAGACAACACCGAAAGGAGAGACAGUUCUUCACUUAGCAGUGAAGGCUAACCAAUUUGGAGCUCUGCGAAACCGAGUGGCACAGAGAGAGAGAGAGAGAGAGACCUCCGAUCACACCUCUGUUCUCUCGCCUUCCUUCUCCGGCUUCAGCCGUCGUCAGCGUGGUUGCAAGUGGCCGUUCGUCUGCAGCAGGGAGUUCUGUCGAGUUCAUGGAUUUUUCUCCGCCCCUGUGUUGCUAUCGAGUCUUCUUCUUCCUCCUCCUUCUGCAUCGCAGGCCUCCUCCUUCUUUAGAUGCUGCGUUGUGCUGUGCGGUCGUCGUGGAGGGAGCUUCGACUUCUUUCCUCUGUUUUUCCUCUUCGUGCAGCUCGCCAAAGGUCUCUCCCUGUUCUGCGUCGUCCCUGUUCUGCUACCAGAGGUACCGAAUAAAAAUGUGAAGAUCAAUGAUAUCAAUGAGGAAAAUUAUAUAACCGUGGACGUGGAGAGGAUUACUGACACUGAAGUACCCAAGGAAUCGGGGGCAAAAGCAGAAGAUAAUGAAAUGCAGUUUCAGAACAUAAAACUACUAGUAGCCACCAUCAUUUUGACCUUAACAUAUCAAGGUUUGGGUGAUCCUCCAUCAACCCUCUUCAAAGAAGGCAGUGAAAUAAAUUGGGAAUGCCUUUUUGAUUUCUCAUCGAGAAAGAAUCACAGAAGUAGCUUGAUCAAUUUCAUCAAGAACUGUCCAGCUCUCUUGGCUUUCAUGUUCUUGAUAAUGAACACCUUGAUCUUCUUCACUUUUAUCUUGAUUGUGGUUACCACUUUGCGUGGCCGCCAAGCUCUUCAACUGCGAUUGCUCACACUAUACUUCACAAUCUGCUACAGCAUCUUACUCAUGUGUUUUUUUUAA